GAGCAGACGCACCAGCGCCGGGGCAGCAGAUGGCCCAGUAGCAGCAGCGAGGAGCACAACAGUCCUCUCCCAAGCGAAAGGAUGGGGGGCGCCAGCAGCAGCAGCUGAACUAGAGCUGGAGGGGGGACAGCAGCGUUCUCAUCACUCUUGGUGACUUUUGCCGGAUUUUAUUCCCCCCGGUCUGCAACAACAUGCCAUUUGCCAAAAGAGUCGUGGAGCCACAGUUACUGUGCAGGUAUCAAGUCCCAAAUGAGGAGGGUCUGGUUUUCGAGGAUCUGGUCUCCAUCAGUAACGUGGCUCUGUCCCGGACCCUGCGCCAGCUCUCGGACCUGGCCAAACAUGCCUGCUCCAUGUUCCAGGAGCUGGAGGACGAGCUGACGUCCACCAACCAGCGGGUCCGGCGUCUGCAGGGCAGAAUCAGCCUCCUCCAGCAGACCUGCUCCGACCUGGACCCCAAACGGGAGGCAGUGCCCGUGUCUAACCUGGAUGUGGAGAGUAAGCUGACAGCACAUUUCCGAGCUCCCCGGCUACAGCAGAGGAAUGUCUUACACCCCUCCACACGGCCAGUAUGUGUGGAAGAGCUUCACAAUCAAGCCAACCUCGGCCUGUGGUCGCUGAACCAAGACCUCCACAGGUCAGAAAGCAGAGAGCGGAGAGCAAAUAUUUCAGCCCUGCCCCCGAUGCCCAUGUACCCCUCCCCUCACAUCACCCCAAGAAACCACAAGAGGGGUUUGACCAAGUCUGAAUCCACCCGCUCCUCCUCCCCCACCGAAUGUUGCCACCUGUCUCCCUGGAAACGAAAGGCUGCGCCCACUGACCCCGACACUGAUGGGGUGGCUCUAGGUCACCGCUCUAAGUCUCCCAUCCCUAACGUCCCCUCCACCCUGGACAAGCAGACUAACUGGUCUAAAGCGCUGCCGUUGCCCACUCCAGAGGAGAGAAUGAAAAGCAGUUCCCAAGUCAUCACGUCAUGUAUCAUCCCUAUUAAUGUGACUGGGCUCGGCUUUGACAGAGAUGUCAGUGUGCGCUGCUCGCUCGUCCAUUCUCAGUCUUUGCUUCAGAGGAGACGGAAGCUGAGGAGACGACGGACGGUAGCCGGCGUCCCCAGACCAGUGCAGCAAGACUUAGACUCGGAUGACUCUCCUGGUUCUAGAGAGAGGACAGUGAUCGUUCACCGCCCUUCGGAAGUCACUCCUUCCAGCGAGGACCUGGCUAGACAUUUCAGCACCAGAGACUCGGGUUGUCAAACAGAAGACUUUCUGAUCUCGGGACCACCGUCUCGGAGGAGGAUCAGGGUCCAGCGAGGCCACGGAGUGUCCCUUUUAGUGUCCCACUCAGCGGGCAACAUCUGCUGCCUCUCUGACACCUCUGACACCAUGUUUGCAGCCUCAGCGGGAGCCCACCUGCGUUCACGGAGUCUACCCCGAGACAGCAGCCGGAUGUUGGACAAUGGGCAUGAUGACAGCGAUGAUGAGGAGGAGCUGUCCCCCUUCGACACGGAGGACUUCCUGCCCGUAUGCAGGGAGAGGAUUCUAAAGGACGAAGAGGAGAGUACCGAUGACCAGGCCGUGAGCGAGAGUCUGCAGUACAAGCAGCUGUCUGAGAGUCCGGAGCGCAGCUGGAUCGAGCGAACCCGAGCACAGCUGCCCAGGAACACUGACAUGGGCAGCUGUGAGAUCUCAUCGAGCUCCGACACCUUCAGCAGUCCCGUCCACUCGGUCUCCGCUGCUGGAGCGCUGGGAGGCCAGAUGGACCAUAAGGAUGACCACCAGUCUUCCAGUGGGAACUGGAGUGGGAGCAGCUCCACCUGUCCCUCCCAGACAUCAGAGACCAUCCCCCCAGCAGCCUCCCCUCCUCUGACCGGCUCCUCGCACUGCGACUCUGAGCUCUCCCUAAACGCCGUCAUCCACGCUAACGACGAGCAGACCAGCUUCGGGUCGGACCAUUACCAAGGCCUCAGGACCCAGCGGGCAGGCUCCUUCUCGUCAACAGCCAUGGAUAUUUUGGAGGAAGUGGGAGUCGGGACACCCACUGCGGGGGACUGGGGUUACCCUCACGCUGAACCACCCCACUCUCAGAGCUUCAGUCCCGAUCAAGGCAGGGAGGCCGAGAGCAGCCUGGGCUGCCCCAGCUUCACCAGCAUGGCCACCUGCGAGAGCAGCUUCUCAGACAAGCCACCGUCAGAGAAAGCAGACACCAUCUCACACUACUCCAUAGACACUGAGGGCUACUACACCUCCAUGCACUUUGACUGUGGUCUGAAAGGCAGCAGAAGCUUCACCUACCACUAUGCAGCCUCUGGGUCUGACUACGCUCUGUCCGAUGUUGGCGGCAGUUUGACCCUGGGGAGACGCUGCCUCUCCUUAAGAAAACCGAGAGCAAAGCCUUCCCCGCCAAAGAGGAGCUCCUCCCUAAGGAAAAUAUGCAGUGAGGGAAGCAUCCCUGACAAGAAGGAACCAAAACUUCCAAAUGGGCAGAAGCUGCCACUGUCCUCCAGGGAGAGGAAGCUGCAGCUGGGUCUGCGUGGCUCACGAGGCCUCACAGAAAACUCUUCCCUAGUCCGAGAGCCCCUGGGGGUCUGGGGGGUUGAGGGCUCACCCGAUCUACCUGAUCUAAGCUCCAAAGAUGCACAAUCAUUUAAGGGUGAAGGUGUUGUGCAGUCAGACUACGCAGAUCUCUGGCUCUUGAGUGAUUUAAAGUCCAGCGAUCCUUACCGCUCUUUGUCAAACUCCAGCACAGCAACAGGUACCACUGUGAUUGAAUGCAUCAAGUCACAGGAAGGCUCAGAGCCCCAGAGCUCCCAGUCGGACUCCAGAGCCGCCACCCCCUCUCUUCCAUCAGCAGGUGAUUUCCAGCUGACAUCUCCAGAGAAGCUGAUCGGCCUGGCGAGCCCAUCCAGUGGCUACUCCAGUCAGUCAGAAACCCCCACCUCCUUGUUUCCCUCCACUUUCUUCCCCGGACCGCUGUCCCCAGCGAGUGGCAAGAGGAAGCCUAAAGUUCCAGAGAGGAAGUCGUCUCUCUCAUCACGGUCUCUGCAGUCACGCUCUUGCAAGGAGGGAGCAACCUCGAAGAGAGAUCUGGAACUGCCAAUGAUUCCUCCAUCCCACCUGGACUUAAGUGGCCUUCACAGUGCCAACGAGACCCGGACUCCAGAUGCUCACCUACAUAAACGAGAAGAUGUGACGGCAAAGCCUACAGCACCUCCCAACCCAGAGUUGCCCCACACUCUGUCCAUCACUCCCUCUGUGCUUCACUCAGUCCAGCUUCGACCGGUCAGUAAGGACCACGAUGGAAACAAACUGCUUUGUCCCAAUGUGAAUUUACCUUCUAGUACAUCUUCGGUGCUCCGGAGUUCUUCACUGCAUAGCUCAGAUCAUCAUGCUGAGUCCAUGAAGGAGUUGUGUGAGUCAACGUUUACGUCAAGCAAAGAGCUCACAGCUGAAACAAGCUCCGGCCAGAACCAAGAGCCUCCACUAGAGGGCGCAACUGCAGGGCUGCAGUCAGAAUCAUGUUUACACCCAAAAGGUGCUGGCAUCCUCGAGGAGCUCAUCAUUUAUGAAGAAGAGCCAUGCACAGCUUCACUGGCAGCAUCCGUCUCCUCCAGAGAUCCCAGCUCACAUUCAGAGCCUUCGCUACAGCAACAGACCGAGACGUCUGGAGAACUUUGUUCCUGUCCUCCACUUCUGCACAGUUCCCCCAGGAGGUCCAGCAGUGUGGAGAACGUGCCUGCUGCUGACAGUCAGCUGGACACGUCCCUGGACAGCUCCAGCAGCAAUGGGAGCAGCAACAAAGUGGAAAAAGACUCCUCAGGUGUUUCAGCCGGAAGUGCCUCGCAGGACGGGAAGGAGGAGGACUCGGAGGACUCUAUCAGCAAAGACGCCAGCGACUUCAUGUCUGGACUGCACGAUGAGUCAAAGACAGAAGAUGACGGCGUGUUUCUGUCUCCUACCAAGUCCCGCACCACUGAGGACCUGUUCGCUAUGAUCCACAGGUCCAAGAGGAAGGUGCUGGGGAGGAAGGACUCGACUGAACUGGCUGUAAGGAACCAUCUUGGUGCUUCACCAGGUAACACACCUUCCCACAGCAGCGUCAGCUCCCCAACCCCACUGGCCUCUCCCUCUGCUGCUGCAACGCCGCCAGGCCAACAUCGAGUCUCUGGGCCCAUCUACAGGAGUGUAAAGAAAUCCAGCACCUCCAAUGAAGAGUUCAAACUUCUGCUGCUCAAAAAGGGAAGCCGCUCGGACUUCAGCUUCCGUAUGUCAGCUACAGAGAUCCUCAAGAGCCCCGUCACUCCUAAAUCACCUGGAGAUCCUCUGGUGGAGUCAACCAGACCUUCAGAGGAGCACGCCUCCCCCCUGCAGCUGCACCAAUCCGAACAAGACCAGCUCUCCAGCCCGUACCCCAGAGCCAAUGCUGAGGGCUUCUCACCAAAAUCAUUUCUCUCGCCUGCUACUUCCAGACAGGGGCGCUCCAGAGUCCCCCCACCUGCCAGCAGCAGCCGCUACAGCAGCCGCAGCAGACUCUACUCCACCCCCAUGCAGGCCAUCUCAGAGGGGGAGACGGAGAACUCAGACGGGAGUCCUCACGAUGACCGCUCAUCACAGGACUCCACGUAGCAGCAAGCUUACAUCGACUCAGUAGUAUUCACUAAGUAGAAGACAGGAGGGGAACGAGAAGGUUUGUGGAUUUUUAAACUGCUUUUUUAACUAUCUGUCCACUAAAUUCACAUUUUGUACGAUUUGUAUUUUUAAAAAAAGCAUCUUUUUUGAAAUUUCAAAAAUCUAAUUCAUGUUUCUGUAUUUUGCUGAAAAAAGAUGUCUUUAUAAGCUACACAAAAUCCCAAUAAUGGUGUUAUUGCAACUUUUGUGUUUUAUUAAAGAUGAACAUCCAAAAGCUUCCAGUCAGCUCAUGACGGCAUGCUCUUGUUCUGUUCUGCUGUUGAGCUUUUCUCUACAGUUUAACACAAACCCCUCCGUAGUCCACCUUCCUUUGCUACCAGAUUUCUGCCACUGUGUAGUUUUUGAUUGGCUACGCAAUUCUAGUUCAAGUGAAUCAUUUGGCCCUCUUCUCUUUAAAACAUCACCCUAACCUCCCAAAGCUCCUGCUGUCCUUUUAUGCUGCAGCAGAUGGCAGCAUGCUGUCGUUUCUCUUUUUAUCAAGUGUAGCCAAACGCUUCAACCGUGUAGAUUCAUCAUGCAAUAAAUAAACCAGAUGGGGAGGCAGGAAGAGUCAAGCAUGACAAUCUGUGGAGAUGAGGAGUGAGCAGGUGUUCUAAAGGGGGAAGAAAAGGUGAUGAAGAUGCUUGAGCAGGUGAAAUAAAAAGGAGGCUGCAGGUUAAAAAGGUUAUUUCUGGUUUGCCGACUUGGUGUGUUUACGAAAUGUUGACAGAGGUGAGAGUGGAAAGUGCUCAGAGGAUGAAAUAUGCCUUAUUUUAUACAACAGGAAAUAACAGGCGUGUUUCCACUAUCGAAGCUUCAGGGUCAUUUUACCCGAACCACAACAUACGUGUGUAUCGACUUCAGCCCGUCCGAGAGGGCGGGGGUGUGUGACGGAGACACAACAGCUCAGAGGACCGAGCCAUGGUCUCUUCUGGUCAACGUUCCCCUUCCCAGUCAUUUCCCUGAACUCCUAUAGUGGAAACAUGACUGGGAAGUGGCAGAAGUGUUCUGGGGUAUAUGUAUUUCUCUUUUUUUUUCAGUUUUCGUGGAGAUCUCCAGAUAAUCGACUCUGAUAAUAAAUGUAGAGGAAAAAUCUGUUGAGGAUUUUGGAAUUUUGCUGCUAUUUUGUGCCAAAUGACCGCCCCCAACAAAAAUGUAUUUUGUGUGACGAGAAACAAUCUAGAUAUAUUUAUUUUUUUCUGACAUUAAAUAACAUAAAUUUGGAACAAGAAACUAUUUUUAUGACAUACUUUAUUCAUAUUUUAUUAACAAGACAUGCAUUUUAGGGGAUGUUUGACACACUGGCUGCAGAGACAAACAGCAAAGAGACGUGUACCAUUAUGAAACAGCUUGAACGGCUACAGGCAACAUGGGAGGUUUCAGAUUAAAACUGGGUCUACUGUUGAUCAAAGGUUUUUCUAACUGUUUUAUAUUGAGAUUAUGCAAAUCUGACAGAAUUAUAAAGCCAUACUUUCCAGUGUGGUUAUACUGCUGAUGCCAACACAAUUUUGGCUUUAAUGGCACUCCAUACAAGGUAAAGACACCGAACAGCUAUCACCAUGAGUUAAGCUUCGAACCUUCAUUCCAGUUUUGUAUUUUGUACUUUGCAUUGAACAUGUGAUGUUUGUGAGGUUUGCUUCCUGUGUCUGGAGCGGUUUUCUGACUGUGUCACACAUUAGGUUAGAAGUGGAGGACACACAUGGUUCUACCAAAGGCUAAGACAUGCACAAUGUGUUUGUGGCAUAGACCUUUUAUUAUUAUUAUUAUUAUUAUUGUGACUUAAACCUUUGUUCCAAACACAGACUAACGCAGAGCAAAGUCGAUGGCACUAGAAGCAUUCAAGUCAGCAUUGAAACUGUACUGUAGGUGUCGGGUUUUCGUGUUUCUUUUGUACAAACUUGUAAAUAUAUGAAUUUGUCUGGUGUCACAAAGCUUAUCUAAUUGUUUCUAAUGUAAAAAUGUGUUUUUAAAGUUUACGUUGAUUUCAGACAUUUGUAUAUUUUUUAGUUGUGGAACACUCUGUGUUGUAUUUAUUUUUAGCAAGCGUUGUGGAAAUCCUGUAGUAAAUCUUAUCAGAGCCCACUGCUAGAGCACAACAAGCUGCUUAGCAAACGCGUGUAAACAGAUAAAUAAAUGUGGCUGCUUUGAAAAUAAACAUUUGAGUCUGUUUUCUGCUUUAA